AUGCUUUCAGGCAUCUUAAGACCGCCUCUCUUUAUACUGGUAUUUCUUCCACUAACAUCCUCAAAAGACGGAUAUAGAAAGUAUAAAGAUGGCGACGUUAUAGUUGGUGGUCUACUCAACUUCCACUAUUCCGGCACUGAUGAUCAAUGUACUGAGCUUUCUACUACAGGGCUGGGAUACGCAGAGGCUACGAUAUUCGCUAUUGAGAAAAUUAACAAGAAUUCCAGUAUUUUACCGAACGUGACAAUCGGCUACGAUUUAAGAGACUACUGUUGGAGCAAUGCUCGAGCCAUGAAAAUAGCCUAUGACUUCAUGUGCGAUGGCGAUCCAAUACAUAUGUCUCACCAAAACGUCAGCACCUCCCCCACAAGUUAUGUCAACGAAACCAAAACCAAGACCAUCUCAGCGUUAGUUGGACCUAUCGAUUCUGGCACCGCAGUGCUAGUAGGAAGUCUUCUUCAGGUUUCUGACAUUCCCGCCAUCAGCCCGAGUGCAACAAGCGAUGAGUUGAGUUCACAAAUGUACAAAGACUUUUUCAGAACAGUUCCACCAGACAACUGGCAAGCAGAGGUCAUGGCAGACAUCAUAGAGCUCUUUAACUGGACAUACGUGGCGGCUGUCGGGUUGGAUGAUUCUUAUGGACAGAACGGUAUUUCGGCCCUCGAAAAAGUAUCCUACAACCGGAAAACAUUUUGCAUUGCUUUUUCUGAGUACAUUCCACGGCUAAGCUAUAAGAACAAAACGAAGGAAACUGUUCUCAAGAUUAAAAGGAGGUCUGAAAUCACAGUGAUCAUUGUUUGGCUUUCUGGCGGUUACGGAAGAGCAUUUUUUGAAGAAGCAACUGUUCAAAAUCUUGAAGAAAAGACUUGGAUACUUAGCGACGCACUGGCCACGACGGGAAUAUUAUAUAUCGAUUCUCACUUAACUAUAAUAAACGGCUCCUUGGGAAUAAUACCACAUGACUAUUCUGUACUCGAAUUUGAAGAGCACCUUAAGACGAUCACACCUGCCAAAAGCAUUGGAAGAGGCCCAGACUGGUGGGAAGAGUUCUGGAGAUUGCAUUUUAACUGUUCAGCCAUAAACGCCGAUGAUUCUGGGCUCGCACCUUGCAAAGCAAAUCUGACGGUACACCAUGCGCUACAAAAGAUACGCGACUCCUUCGUAUCGUAUCUCAUUGACGCUGUUUAUGCUAUUGCACACGCCCUAGAUAACAUUUACCGCUGUUCUCUUACUAUACAUGGUGCUGGUAAAAGAGGAAAGUGUCCUCCAGUCAAGCCGACUGUCAAAGGACGUGAUCUGGAGAAAUAUCUCAGAAAUAUCAGUUUUGACGGUUUGACUGGCAAGGUGCAAUUUGACAAGUUUGGAGAUCCUUUAACAGCUUCAUACGACAUCAUUAACUAUCAGCUUGACUCAACCGCAGACGCAGCCCGCAAAAAUAUUCUGGUUGGUUCUUGGAACAAAAAAAACACGCCCAAACUAAAAAUAGAUUUGUCCAGCCUACGAUGGAGAACUCCCUUCACCCCGUUAUCCUCCUGUUCAUCAGAAUGUUUACCUGGUACCAGAAGGGAGAAAACCGAGCCAUGUUGCUGGGAUUGUAUUAAGUGUCCACUAGGAACUGUCAGUACCAAAGUCGGAUCUAUUAGCUGCUUUAAGUGUGACCCAGACACAAAGUCAAACGAGGGGCGCAGUAGGUGUGAAAAGCUACCAGUCAUCAACAUCACGCACUUAAAUGUUUAUGGAAUAACCACAACAGUGGUGGCUUCCCUCGGUUUAAUUCUGAUAUUGUUCGUAGGAGGCACCUACAUCAAGUUUUUCAAUACCCCAGUCGUUAAGGCCUCUAACAGAGAGAUCUCUUUUCUGUUGCUAUUUGGUAUCUCAGCUCUCUUUAUUUUAGCCGUCCUCGAACUUUUUGAGCCAAGCCAUUCACUUUGCACCGCAACAUUUUUCUGGCGCUUUUUUGGUCUCAGUCUUUGUAUCACAGUGCUCUUUUUGAAAACUAUGCGAAUAGCAAGCGCUUUUGAAGUGGAUAAAGUGGCGCAGUUGUUUACACCGUGUUACAAAACCCUAACAAGGCAGGGUAUCUUUCUCUCAGGUAUAAAUUUAGCUUUCCUUUGUUUAUUGUCCCUGUGGAUCUUUCUUGACCCCCCGAGACGUAAUAAAGUCAUCCGCGUAGAUGAGUACAUCUUUCUUGUGUGCAAACCAUUUGACACCAACGUCGGCCAUGCACUGUUCAUCGCAGUCUGUGCUUACACGCUCAUUGUGGCUCUCUUGUGUACAUAUUACGCUUUCAAAACAAGAGGAGUUCCCGAGAACUUUAACGAGACAAAAUACAUAGGAUUCUCUAUGUACAUUCUACUGUUGUCAUCGCUGGCAUAUUACCCUGUGCUGUUUGCCUUUGAGAGCCGGUACGUGACAAUUGUAUCUUGUACUACGACUUUAGUAACUUCGUUUGGUAUGUUGGGAUGCAUGUUCGGACCCAGAAUCUGCAUUCUCUUUUUCCAAUCCCAGCAAAACACCAUCAAAAACGUCAGGUCGCAGGUGAUGAAUUUCUCCUUUCGUAAUGUCAUGGCAACUAGAGUUUUGCCGGGACAAAUUAAUGAAGGAGUACCUAACGCUGCGCUGAAUACCGAAAAUUAAAAACACUGGAUUGCAGUUCGCCAACAAGCCAUUCUUUUUACCAGUAACAUGGAAAAAUACUUUAAACUUCUCAAUCUGUACCUUCCUUCAGCCAUUAACACACUAGACUUCUUUAUCUUGUAUGUUUUGUCUUUGGGAGUGGAUGUCUCGAUUUGAUGCGAUCGUUUUUUGAAAACAGUCGAAACAGGGUAAAACUGGGUGAAAUUACAGGCAUUUGGAAACCUAUGAAAUGUGGAUGUCCGCAAGGAUCAUCCUUUGGGCCCUUACUCUGGAACAUGUUCCAGAAUGAUUUACCGUUGCAUGUCGAGAAUGGAAACAUAACCAUAUACGCGGAUGACCAUCAAUUGCAUGUGAGGGGAACAAAUCACGAAAUAGUUAGACAGCAAGUGAAAACAAGCAGCAAGCAAGCUCUGAUAUGGUAUUCAAGUAACCUUUUAUCAGCUAACCAAGAGAGGUUUCAUUUCCUAAAUAUCAACCCAAGAAAAAUUGAAGGAGAUACGAGUGAUGCAGUGCUAAUCCUGGAUGACCUACCCAUUAACAAAUCAGAGGACAUUAAGCUACUAGGAGUCCACAUCGACGACGACCUUGAUUAAAAGAAGCAUAUAAGUGAGCUGUAUAUUAAGACUAGCCAAAAGGUCGGGAUACUAUGUCGUUUAAGAUAUUUAAUACCAUCUAAGGCUAAGCUGUUGCUGUAUGAAGCUUUUAUUUUGUCCAAACUUACAUAUUGUCCACCUAAUAUGACAUUUUUGUAAGUCGUCAGACAAAAGGAAGGUGGAACGAAUACAAGAACGGGGAUUGAGUCGAACCAUAUGUAGAUCCCACUGGGAUACGUAUGAAGAACUCUUAGAGAGGGCUAACCUUCCCAGGUUGUAUAACAGACUUCAAGACAUCGUAGUAUUGAUGUAUAAAGUCAAGUAUGGUUCGAUCAUAUAUAUAGGUCCCUUCUUAUGGUUUAAACUAAACAAAGACUCCUACGAGAAGCUUCUAGCUAGCGUAGCCAGUUUUAGGAACAAAAUUAGAAAAUUAAACUUUUCAGGAUAUAUUUCUGAUAAUAGAAGCUGAUAUAAACUCUGAAGUGAAUAGACAACAUUUUAAGUAUCACAGUAUUGUAGUUGUAUACUUUCCUUUGUAUUUUAUUAAGGGUAUAGAUUUUAUUGUAAAUACUCAUUUUUAGCAUUUUCUUUUAAUAGUUAAUGUCCCCAAUUAGUCCCUUUGGGCUAAAUACUCUGACACUUAAUAAAGGUUCUUAUCUUAUCUCAUCUUAUCUAGUGUGUUUAACACGCUUUUUCACCUCAUUGAUGACGUAAUCUGAGAUACUGUAAGCGGCCUCUAGAAAAUCUAUCGCUAACCCGGAGUUAGCACGAUUUAAGUCAAUUGCAUUAUUCCGCCAAUCGAAAAAAGCUAGCCAAAAUUAGUUGUGAUGAUGUAACAUUUUGAGCUCUUGGCUUGUUCCAAAGCAGCGUCUUUGCUACCCUUUCCAUAGUGUCGAAUUCGACAAAUUCCGAAUACUCGAAUUGGGAGACGAAUGAAUGAACAGAUAAGGAACAUGACCUGCACAUACAGCUUUCACCAAAUCAAACCUCAGCCAUUCUGGAACACCCUUUUUACGACCAUGUAUCAUGCCUAGAUUGCAUGAUGAAGCAGGCUUUAAGACCGCAUGAAUGAUGAGUAAGCUAAAGUAACUUUAUUUCACUGUUGUUUAACUUCAUUUUAGAUUUUUCCGGCAGGAAAUAUAAGUGCAUUUUCAAAACAAGAACGCGAUUUAUGUUUUAUAUCUGGCGUCAAAAUUGAUCUCAUAAUUCUGCAGGAUGGUGUUGAUUGGGGCAAGAUGGUGUAGAAUGGUACAGAAUGGUGCAGGAUGGUGCAAGAUAGUGCAGAUUGCGGAAGGAUGAUACAGGAUGGAGUAGGGUGUUGCAGAUUGGAUCAGGAUAGUUCAGGAUGGUGCAAGAUAGUAAAGGUUGAUGCGGGUUGGUGAAAGUUGAUGCAGGUUGGUGCGGAUUGCUGCAGGAAAGUGCAGGUAGGCUUAAGUAAGUGCAGGAUGGUGAAAGUUGGUGCACGAUGGUGCAGUUUGGUGCAGUAGGGUGUAGGAUGGUCCAAGUUAGUGUUGGUUGGUGGAGGCUGGUGCCAGAUGUUACAGAUUAUAGCAGGAUGGUGCAGGUCGCUGCAUUUUUGUGCAGGUUAGUUCAGGGUGGUGCAUGAUGUUGCAGGUUGGGCCAGGAUAGUGUAGGAUGGUUCAGGGUGGAGAAGGUUUGUAAAAGUUGGUGCAGGAUGGUGCAGACAGGCACAGAAUGUUGCAAACUGGUACAGAAUGAUACAAGUUGGUGCAGGAUGAUGCAGAUUGGUGCAGAAUGCUGCAGGACUGUGAAGGAUGGUAAAAGGUAGUGCAGGAUAGUGCAGGAUGUUGAACGAAGGUGCAAGUUAGUACAUAUUGGUCAAAGUUGGGGCAGGAUGGUGCACGUUGGUGCAGACUACCGCAAGAUGGUGCAGGUAGGUGCAGGUAUGUGAAGGAUGGAGCAGAUUGGUGCAGGAUAGUGCAGAAUGGUGCAGGAUGGUACAGGAUUGUGCAGAAUUGUGUAGACUAGCGCAAAUUUGUGCAACCUGUGCAGGAUGCUGCAGUUUGGAGCCAAUUGCUUCAGUAUGCUGCACUUAGGUUCAGGUUAGUGCAGGAUGGUGCAGAUAAAUGUGAGAUGUUGUUGUUGUUACAUGGCCAGAAAUAUACAUCACCUUCGUCCAUCAUUUUGAACUUUUUUUAAAAACCGUGAUCUGCCCCAGAGGGGGGAAUCUGGCUCUUUUUUCACAACAAAUUCAUAACUUGUCUACCAACAAUUGUGAAACAUGGAAGAAAGGGAAAUUUAAAAGCUAAAAGCUGCUCCGAUAACUCAGAAUUGGCAAAAAACAAGAAAUUGCUCGGAAUGCAAAAAGUUGCUCCAAACGAAAAAAAUUUGGUGCAGGUUGGUGUAGGUUGUACACAUCACUACAGCAGCUUUAAAUGUACCAAAUGCAACUGCACCAAACUAACCCAACUACAGCAACUCUACCAACAACAGCAAACUGAACCCAGCUACAGCAAUUACACCACAUUACAGCAACUACACUAACUACAGAAACUACAUUAAACCAACUACACCUAAUAACACCAUUUACACUUAACUACAACGACUACACCAAACUAGACCAAUUAAAGAAAACUACACCAAAUACAGAAAUUACAGCAGCUACUGGAACUACAUAAGACUACACCAACGACAGCAACCACAAAAACUACAACAAACUAUAGCAACUACACCUAUCUACAUCAACUACCUAUAUUCGUAACGGUUAUCAUAGAUCAUCGCCUAUUUAACGUUUCUGUUCCUCUUAAAUUGUAUCGAUCUACUCCUGCUGGUUUGGAACCCACAUCGCGGUAGGAUACUCUAAAUUUGGUAUAACAAUAGUAACAAAUUUUAGGUUUAGCGUUUUGUGUUUAGGGUAUAUAUUACGUCUCACAAAUCCGAAUGGCUUAUUUACUUUGUAACAUUUAUACUGACACGAGAAUUCCACUACCGGUCAUUUGAUAACAUAACUUCCAGAUAGACCUCAUAAGCUGCAAGUGUUUUGGAUUUGUGAAAGUGAACAUCACCGGAUGACUGUUUAUAUUACUGAUCGUAACCAGCUAUUUUCCUAAGAGGUGUAAUAUGUCCAUUCCACAACAAAUGGUGUCCAAAGUUCAUUAAGGUUGUAUUAUGGGCCCUUUGGUAUUUUCAUUGUUUGUCACAGAUCUACCUAAUUGUUUGACAGCUUUCAAUGAGUUUAUGUAAGCAGAUGAUACAGUCCUCCAUUACGCUGCCUCGGAUGCAAACCAGCUAUUUUAAGUGUUAAAUGAAGAGCUCAAAUUCUUUUUGGGAUUGGUCAAACAAGAACAAUCUGUUCUGUCAUCCUAAGAAAACUGAGUAUGCAAUAUUUAAACCCAACCGCUGUGCAACUUAAUCAUCUUGACUUUGCUAAGCUUAGUGAAGUUUCUGGCGUGCCGGCGUAAAAGGUAUCCGAUAUAGACUGACUAUAAACCUCUCCUUACUGACACCUCUAUAAUACGGACCGUUCGUUUGGUCCCAGAAAUGCCAAAAAUCAUACAUUUCCUACCUCUAUAUUACCGACACCUCUGUAAAGCGGAUACUUGGUUCUGUCCCUUUGGUGUCCUUAUUAAAGAAGUUUGACUGUAGUGUGAACAUAGCCUCACACAAUUAGCUGUUAUUCCAAUAAAGCUGAGUGUCCCAUAAGGCACGUUCUACUACAGUUAAACCUCUCCACAAUGGCCACCUUAGGGACAGAAGAAUGUGGCCGUUGUAGAGAGGUGGCCGUUGUAGGGAGGUUUAAACAUCAAGAGUCAAUGUAUUGACUGUCCGCCAAAAAAGUGGCCGUUGUAGGGAGGUGGUCGUUGUGGAGGUUCGACUGUAUACAUAAUCCAACCUUUGAGUUUACGUGAAGGUCUAAGUAUGUCUAUAAAAAUGCUCCAGAUUUGUUUAGGAAUUAUUUUAUCAAGUCAUCACUAGGCGUAAAGGUUUAAUUCCUAAGCCACGUACAGAAUCUGCAAAGAAAGGCUGCAAUUUCAUACUGUAAUCCAAACUUUUAGUAAUUUGCCACCUCAUUUGAAAGCUGGUAAUUAAAACGUUAGAUGUCUUUAAAACGAAGUUUAUAUAGUGUUAAUGAUAUAUGAAAUAAAUCAUAUAAAGUUUUAAGUUUUUAUUCUGAGACAUUAUACAUUUCGUUUAUAUUUACUGAUUUCUGUCACCUGUAUUAGGAGUAACCUCCACGAACGGCCACCUCUCUACAAUGGCCACCUUUUUAAAACCGCCGCUUUCUUCUGUCACCAAAGUGGCCAUUGUGGAGAGGUUCAACUGUAUGCAUUUUUUACAGGAUAAAUUUAAAUUAAUACAUCGAAGAGGACCGAAACAUAUGAGCAGGAACAUUUAAGCUAAAGUAAAGUAUUUUCUUGUAAUAUAAACUUGCAAUAUCAAAGUCAAACUCUUUGGUGAAAAUUUUCGGGAAUAAUCUAACUAAAACCCACACAUAAAAACUUGCCUGAUCUGGCUUGGCUAAACAGGUUUUUAUAUUUUUCUGAGAAAUAAAAUGACAAACUCCUGCUAGCCGGUUUUUAAACCACUUAGUUAUUACUGUAUUUGACAAAUUAACACCCGGGCACCUGCUGAUAUGCUUAAAAUACUCAAUGAAAAAUUUCAAAAAUCUUUUCUUUCCCUUCACCAUAAGACAAAAUCCUUCUUUAUACACUGUGCAUGCGGAUAAAAAGCAGUGUUCACAAUACUUGUGGGAGAACUGCUCCAAAUUAUCUGAUAAAAUGAGUCCAAGGGAGCCAAUGAGCUUCACAAUGAUUAUUAAAUGUGAAAAAAAGGCUGACCUCCCGGCUGGCAGUUUCCAAGGCAUACGAUAUGUUUAACAAAACCGUCCCGCUGCACAACAUAUAGCAUUUCUCGUUCGUAAGCUCACAUAUAUUUAUUUCGGCUUGCUGGGUGAAUCUUCUCUGGACCUAUAGUUCUUACAUUUGUUCGGAGCGCGCCUUCUUGAUCGAUAGCGAGGGACUUUUUUUAUCAUCUCAAAGCAAUCUGCCAAUAAAACAUUGUUCUUAAUCGUAUUCAUAUGAAUCAGAUAAUAAAUACGUUAAGUAAAACAUUUUUCACACUCUGAAAACGACGCAACGAACCAACCAUUAGUCUUAAGACUAGUCUGCUACGUCACAACAAGACAACAAAUUAUGUGGUAAAAGGUAAGACCACGUCACUAAAAUCUCACUGGCUUUAUGUUGCGUGUCACGAAAAAAGGCAGUCGGUUUUUGCGAGUUUUCAAUCAAAGAUGUCCACUCCGAGAACGCAAGUAUCUAAUUUAGCCCGAAUUGUAUAUCUUCGAACCUUUUAAAAAGUAGGAAAUGAAGCAAAACAUUUUCGUCGUAGGAGCACUUUAAACGGUAAAUGACUUAUCCGAUCACCGGGUGUCAAACUAGUCCAAAUUUCCAAUCAAACUACCAAUGGUUUCACUCAAUGAGAAGAUUACCAAAAAAUUAAUGGUUUAUUUAAAUUUGAAAUUGACCCACUCAAAACAGAUGGUAUUGUAAAACAACAAUCGUUUUAUUACUUCUCUUGACAUCGCCCAAGUUGAUUAUUUUUCGUUUAAUACGAAAAAUAUACAAGUGAAACUAAAAAAGAACAGGUUUUGUCACUAAUUUGGCGCAAGAUUAACAGAGCGAAGAACCGUUCCCAGCAUACUAAAUGUUCUUUAUGUAUCGGUAAGGUUACUACUAGUACUACAUGUAGUUCCCUGUUGCACUAAAUUCCUGCUCGGAAAUUUGCUAUCUUAAAAUCAGAAGACACCUUGUGAAUAUGACAAUAUUUUUUAGCUUAUUGACCUUUCUGGAUAUGAAUGGAAAGGGUUCUAAACUCAACAAUUCAAUUUUUUCUCUAACCUCCAAUUACGAAACGAUUAUUUUUGGUCGUUUUGAAAAUGACGAUAGAAGUCAAUAUAUUACUGUUUCUACAGUGUGCCAUUUUGAGUCAGACUGUUCACAAAUACCUUUUCACUCAAUUUUAAUGUUUCCUCUACGGCUUUGACUUGAAGGCUUUUCGAAUGAUAAACCAUUUACACCUUCUGAGUAACAAAAUUGUCAAAGUUACUACUACAAACAUUCAUAACUUUAUUAACUUGGGAUUUUAAAGGAGCCUUAAGGCUGGUAUCUCCGUUGAAUUACACAUACAUCAUGACACAUAAAAAUCAUAUUAAGAUGAAAACACAAACUGUUGGUAAUAGUAAACGUCUAAUUUAUGAAACUAUGGGAAACAAGUAGACAUCUAAGUUCCUUCAGACUACUGGUUCUCCUAAAAGAAUCAGGAAGCGAGGACCAAUAUCUCGCUGCGGCAUCCCUGGGAGGGUUCUUGGGUUAAUUUUUGCUGGAUAUGUGCCGCUGGCCUCUCAGAGCCCCUACCCCAUUAUAGUCUAUUCUGUAGACCCCAUCUUAGUCACUUUUGCAGAAAAUAUGUAAUUUUCGCAAUCCCGACUUAGUCACUUUCUAUUUUUAUGAAUUGACCCAUUUUUUAGAUUGAACGAAGAACACUUUACUUUUAUUCUACAGUACAAACAUUCUGGUACGUUUGCUAACCGUAACAAUGAAGAACCGUCUUACCCAAAAAAAUCCAAAAUUGGCGACCCCAUUCUAGCAACUUCUUGAAAAUGCGACCCCGUCCAGUGGCACAUCCCCAUUAGCCUCUUAUAAGGAAGUACACCACCCUCCCCCCCCACUCCGCCCGGGUGCGGCAUAUUUAACUGAGUUAAGGCUAUACAGUUGUUUGGGGUUUGGCAAGACUAACACAUUCGCACCUCUUAAGCUUUAGUCAGUCGUGCUAAACUGAAAUACCUCUUUAAGGUAUGCUGGAUAGUUAAUAAAGUUAAUGCAUUUCAAAAUACACAUCAUCAUAUUGCUAAUUCUCGUAUUUGCCAGGCUGGAUGUAUCGGCCCGCUCUAGUAAACUAUCAUAGUCACAGUUACUGAAACGGUUGAUGACACCUUUUUCCUCCAGUAAAGGGUAAACGUCGAUCGUCCUCGGCAAGGUGAAAACCGCCGUCGGACAACCCUUCCUUUCAAUUCACGAAAUAUUAUUCACAAUAAAAUAAGACGUAGGGGUAUAUGUUAAUCAUGUUAAUCAAGUUGUUGAGGCUAUAUCCAAAUUCCUUUGAUAUUUCCUUUUCCGUUUGUUAAACACGAGUUAAAAGGACAAAACGGCCUAAAGAUAGUAAUUUGAUACUUUACACUUCUUUUUGUGUGUCUGGCUAUCUCCAGCGGGCGUGGGAAAUAUUUCAGGGGAAUCAUGUUAGCAUGUCCAAAUGUCUAUCAAUAUGAUUUUCCUCCAGGGUACUGCACAGCAUAUAAAGACGAUGACUUGGAUGAGAAGUAAAGUGUUCUCCAGGCUCUUAAGACUAUUUCUGUUUAUAUCCCCAUUUAUUCCACAAACAUUCUACAACCACGAUUUUAGAGCUUACAGGGAUGGCGACGUAAUAGUCGGGGGUCUGCUCAGCAUACGCUUACCACAGGGUGAUGAUCACUGCGGUAAUCUUUUCACAACUGGACUGGGGCAUGUAGAAGCUAUAAUAUACGCUAUUGAAAGCAUAAACAAGAAUCCCGUUCUUCUUCCGAACGUGACACUCGGAUUUGACAUACGAAACUACUGUUUUAGCACGAACAUAGCUGUGAAAAUAGCCUAUGACUUCAUGCAAGAUAAUUCUGCAACGGACAAUACCAUGCAAAACGGAUCCAAGCCGAUCUCAGUGCUUAUUGGUCCUGACACUUCCGCCAGCGCGGUGCUGGUUGGAAGUUUUCUUCGAGUCGUUGACAUUCCUGCCAUGAGCUCAAUUGCCACAAGCUUAGACUUGAGUUCAAAAUUGCACGAAAACUUCUUCAGAACAGUUCCACCUGACAUCUGGCAGGCAAAGGUCAUGGCAGACAUUAUAGAACUCUUUAACUGGACAUACGUGGCGGCUGUGGGUUUGGAUGACUCUUAUGGACGGAAUGGUAUUUGGGCACUAGAGAAAGAAUCUUACAACAGAAAAACCUUCUGCGUUGCCUUUUCGGAGCACAUCCCACGACGAGACUAUCAUGAUAAGAUCAAGCAAACGAUUGCUAAGAUUAAGCUCAGGUCUAAUAUCGGAGUGAUCGUCGUCUGGCUAGCAAGCGAUUAUGGUAGAGAAUUUUUUCGAGAGGCAACAAGUGAAAACCUUGUAGAAAAGACUUGGAUACUCAGCGAUGCAUUGACCUCUGAAGAAGCUGUGUUACUUGACCCUAACUUCGCAAUGCUUAAUGGCUCCUUAGGAAUACAGCCACAUAACUAUCCCGUACCCGACUUUGAAGAGCAUCUUAAGAUUAUCACCCCUGCAAAAACCCUUGAAAGAGGCAGAGAGUAG